AAAUGAAGUGAAAAUGAAGAGUGGCAUUAAAAAGCUUUUCUUUAUGUGAUGUGUUCGAGAAGAAAUUAAAAAGAACCCUUUUCAAUCUCCCGUUUCUCUCGUUAGUUCAAGAUUAUCUUAUGGGGAAUACAUGUAUAUGUAUAUAUAUGCAUAUGUAUAUAAAUUUAAUCAAAGGAGAUGAAUACAAUAUCUUAUUAAUAUUUUCCAUAAAUUAUAAAAAAGAUUUAUGCUGAAAUGUUACGAAUUUAAGGAUCCGUUACAUAUUUCCUGAUUUCAUUCUCUAUUUAGUUUCCCUCUGAAUACUUGCAAGACAUACAUAGAAAAUUGUCAAAGAGCAAAGGAAAAUUGCAAAAAGCAAAUCAAAAGAAAACUAAUAAUAAUUCGCUUAAAAUAUUAAAACUUGAGAAAAAAGAAAAAGUUCAAAAAUUUAUGGAAAUUAUACGUAACGCAAAAAGUGGAAGAAAAACAGAGCUGCUUUUCUAUUAUCAAUUAUUGUUGAGCUAUAAAGUUUUUAUAAAAGGAUUUUAUCAGUUAAACGUGAACGCAAACGAUUGUACAUGUACGUUAUUCUGAUGCGGUGGCUUCAACUUGAUGCUUCUCUAUCUGUUGAGCCAAAGAGGAGCUUUUACGAAUGCAGCUGUAACUUGUUGCCGAUAAUGACAUGAAAAUUGUACAAAACGAAACUGGGAAGAAAGGGAAACAACAGCAAGUGGGUGAGAAACGUAAAGCAAAAACACUUAAAAGCAAAAUCCUUCAAAAUGUUGGGCAAAAUGACGUUGCCGCACCGCAUUCGUCAUCCUCGUCAUUACAUUCAACAGUAAUGAUAGAUGAGCUUAAGUCAAAUAACAGUAAAAAAAAUGCAAGCAGCAAUAGCAAUUCUGACGAAAAUGGUGGCUUGAAUAGUAAGCAAAUCGAUUCGCUUAAUAUAACUAACUCUGACGGUAAUCAUAACAACAAUAGUAGUGAAUUGAUUAUUGCUGAAGCUGCAAAAAUCCUAUUGAAAAAUGGCUUAAAUGGCUCAAAUGCAGCGGCAGCCGCUGCUGUAGCUACUGCCACAGCAACUUUAUUGACAGCAGCUGCAAAUUUUCAGUUGCCUAAACCACCAUCUCCCUUACAGAGUAGAUCUUCCGCGGUGCAGACCGCUAAUGCGACAACGGCAGCUGCGGCUCAUGCUCAACUGGUGGCUAUAGCAGCUGCUGCUGCCGCCGUAAAUGCCACUACCAAACACAAUCGUCUAGGUACUUCCAUUACGCCUGGACAUCAAUCAGGAUCAUCAACAACACCUUCGUCUUCAAAUUUAACGUUAAAUAAUGGCUUACUGGAUUCAUCAAUCGCUACUAAUAGUAUCCACACUUCAAGUUCUGCUUCUGCGAAACACCAAUUUGCCAAACCGAUCGAAACUCUGGUCACUACUAGCAUGUACUCCCUGGAUAUGGGUGUCAUUGACUACACCAUUAAUAGUAGUCCUGCUAAUGCAACUGUUACCGCAGUAAUAUCAUCUGUGGAGACUCCGGCAUCUUCAUCCAUUGCUAACUUGUCAUCUGUAAAUCUGAACAGCAUUAGCGCCCAACAGCACCAUAAAUACUCAAUUCAUUCGAGUCAUAACAAGAACAACAAUAAUAAUUCAGCUAAUCAGCAAAGUCGUUGUGAUAUUGGUAGACUUCCGAUAUCAAAUACACAGUCAACAUCUGGCGCCGUUAAUGCUGCCAGUAACAGUAUAAGUUAUCAUCAUAACAAUGCACACAAUGUAACCAUACCUAGCAAUCAAAUUUACGGAGGUCGCUUACAAUUUUUUAAAGAUGGUAAAUUUAUAUUGGAGCUGGCACGUUCGAAAGAUGGUGACAAAAGUGGUUGGGUUUCAGUACCACGAGAAGAUAAUACCAUUCCAUCGCCCGCUAGGUCAUCGACCAUAAUUCCUUCCGCAUCGAUCACAGGGGCUACACAAUCGCUAUUAGCGGCAUCUCCAGCUGCAUUGACCGGUGGCGUGGGCUUUCCAAAGAACGAAUGUUCCAAUUCGUUGAGCUUUUCAGAUGAUAACAGCUCUAUACAAUCAUCACCAUGGCAACGGGAUCAUUGCUGGAAACAAGUGACGCCUCGAAAAAAUGCAUCAAAAGAAAUGUCGCUGUUUUAUCAGAGACCCGCAUUUCAGCAAUUAACGGCGCAGGCUUUAUGUAGAGCUCGCAAAAAGCGGCGGAAACCGUAUGAUCCAAUAGUCACAAUGAAGGUUCCAAUUUUUGCAGAGACUACGAAAGUAGACGAAGUUAUUGAAAAAGACCUAAAUGAUAAGAAUAGCAUUGAGAAAGAAAGCAAUGGUCAUCGUGAAGACGAUAAUCGCCAGCUUGUUGAUGAUGAUGUUCAAAAUGACUUAACGAAGAGCAAACCUGAUAAUGGAAUUGGCGCCAGUGAAUCUGAAAUUGAUGUAAAAAAAGAGAAAAUUUUGGAUGUAGUUGAGACAAAAAAUAAUGACAAUUCCCUAAGUCAUGAUCAAAACAAUGACGUGGAAAUGACCCAAGUUUCAAACUUAAGUGAGAAUGGUAAAGUUACAGCCGAAGGAAUGAAUGCUAGUGACUGUGAUGGGAGACAGAAAGACGAAAAGAAGUUGACGUUAAACGGAAACGAUGAAGUCGUAAAUAAAGAAUCUAACAAAAUGAAAGAUGAAAAUGAAGAAGGAAAACUGGCAGAUUCGAAGAAGAACGAUAGCAAUAACAUUGCAAUGUUAACGUGUCAAAGACUUAAAAAGUUGAAGUACAAAAGUAGAGCGAAGCUCAUGACAAUCGUACAAAAACUUACAGACGCGUCUGCAUCACGUUUAGCUUCAAAUGUCCUUUUAAUGUCUAAAUCCUCUAUAACGUUACCAUCCAUAAUGUCAACAACGGGCUCGUCGUCUAUAUCGAAUGUUCAACAAAGUCUUGGUCAUAAAGUCUCACCGCCAUCUUCAUCGGCGACAUCGCGUCUAGUCGAACACCAUCAGCAGCACGUAUCGCCACGUAAACGUAUCUUGCGAGAAUUUGAGAAGGUCUCCCUGGAGGACAACGUAGCAGUUGCGGGGGGCAAACGUAGUCGUGCCAAAAAUAAUAAUUCUUUGAAUAGCGGACCUGUUCAUAGUUUUACACAAACGACCAUCAAUUCCACUAGUUCAUUACAUAAUACCAAAUCCGUAGUAACAACAUCUGGGCAUAUAGAAAAUACACAUACUUCUAACAGUGUAACGUCCGCUACAUUAACUGCAGUGAAUUCAAAUAAAAUCACAAUUGGUACUCCGACAGCACCUACUAAGCUCUAUAGUUCGUAUAGUAUACAUUCAUUGCUCGGUGGCGGUAGCGAUUCUUCAUCUAUCAAGAAAAAUGAUGCUCCAACGCCAAAUACAAUUAAUACCAUGGUUUAUCAUCAAACAUCCGCGCAUAUUCAAAAUACCUCUACGGCUUUACCGAAAUCACCAGAAACUAAUUGUGGUGGUAAGUCACCAUCGAAUAUUUUGAGUAAGACGAAACGUUCGCCGCCAUAUGCCCCGUCUAUGCACGAUGCUCAUUCAAGAAGUCCCUCGGUAAGUGGCGGAUACACCGAAUACGGAAGACGUUCACCAUGGAAUUCCCCCGAUGUGGCGCAUAACAAUUUUCAUAAAGUAAGAUAUACUGGCACCUCUUCUGAACACAGUUCCUCAUCAACUCAGCAUAAUAACCCUCAUCAUCAUUCGCAACAGCACCAGCAGCAACACUACUUGCAUCAUAAUCCUUUGGUUGCUCAUCAACAGACUUAUUAUUCGCCAUACAUGAUGUCGCCGCAUUAUGUGCCCGCACCGCCAACAAUUUCUCCUACAAAUUCGGCUUCUACUGUUACCAACAGUCAUAAUAACUUAGUCGCGACAUUGGCAACAACAAUAAAUGUAGGUGUAAUAACGAAUUCGCGUUCUCCUCAUCACCACUCAUCGGCCUUUAGAGCAGCCACACCAACAUCGUCAUCUGCAACGACAACGAUAACAACAGCUAGUACAAUGCACAUUCCAGCGCAGAAGGAAUUAUCCCCAACACGUUCAAUGACUACAUCGCCCCGCGAUACUGCGCCACGAACUGUACCAAAAAAGACUGCUUCGAUACGAAGACAAUUCGCUUCGCCUACCGCUGCUAUUGGUGGCAGCAGCACAAAUUGUUCGUCGCCAAAUGCCGAUAACCGCAAUAACAGUCAUGAUGAAACUAACAGCAACAACGACAGGCGUACGCCUGUGACUGCAAUACAACAGCAACACUUGAUGCAACGUAACAGUCCAAGUGCUACUAGCAACGUAGCGGCAUCGGUUUUACAUUCAUAUCCUUACAUAUAUCCCCCACCUACACCUACAGGAGGCAGUCCACAUAAUCCACCUACAACUAGCACGUUAAUGCCCUCCACACCGCCUGGUACAUCGCCAUACAUUCCAGCUGUUGUUGGUUCACCAUACUAUCAUCCGUACAUAUCUACACUAGCUGCCAUGCGUCACCCACAAAUGUGGAUGCAGCAUUAUCAAAACACAGCGGCAGUUCCGGCAGCACCUUCUUUACUUCCACCCCGUCAUCCAGCUGUGCUCUCAACCUCCCGUUUAUCGCCACCAUAUCAUGGUUUUCAAUAUAAUGGUGUAGGUAACGCGGCCGCAUUGGCUGCAGCAGUUGCUGCGGCGGCUGGUUUUGGAAGCGGAGGAGGGCAUCAAUCCACAAUACCACAAUCCACCUUAUCCCAGUGCUCGAUGUUUGCGCAUUUAGGUAAUGCGAACAUGGAUGGCAACUCUCUGGCAGCCAUAACUAAUACGCAUUCUUCACUGUCAGCCGGUCUACGAAUCGCGAGCGUUAUGCCAACUACACCAAUGACUGAUAAUACCACCACUGACCUUUCUAAAUCUUCAAAGGAUAACUCACAUUCACUGGCAUCUAUAUCUUCUUCCGCCUCGAUUUCGACUUCCUCCUCUACAACUAUAUAUCCAAUAAAUAGCAGUAAGGAUGAACAAAGUUCAGAUGUACCAUUAAACUUAUCAAAACACUAAAUAAAGUCGGUUUCCAAUUUAUUAGCCUAUUAGUAGUAAGUACGUAAAUAGCAUGCUAAGUUAAAUUAUUCUAAUUUGCAUUGUCAAAGUUCUUAAUGCGAAUAGCUAUGAACAAGAAAUUUUGUAUUCGUCUUAGGACAAAUCGUAGAUGUCAUGUCCAUUACCUUGAUGUGUAAUGUGUCUUCAGAAGCAAAAACAAUUCACUUUCUAUCCGAUGCUUAUUUAGUUAACUUAGUUUUCAUUAAUUUACUAUUUGAUCCAUAAUUUGGAAAAUUUCUUAGAGUUGCAAGCAAAAUGUUAGUUUAUUUAAUUUUUCCAUUCGUCGUCUCUAGUUUGGCCUUCGAAAGUCUAAUGGCUGUAGCAUUUAAGACAGUCUCGCGACAGUACGACUUAUCCUCAACUUUUUUUUCCGAAUUUUCGCUUCACUUGGAAUUUUUAUGAUUAAAAAUUUUUUCCAGCUUCGGCUUUGUGCUCGAAACAAUUUGUUUGUUGAUAGCAAAUUUAACCGAAAAAAAUUUUUUGUUUUUUCUAAGACUUGAAAUAAGAAGCAUAUGGCGGCGGCGUUUCAGUACUUAAACUUAUCGACAAAGUAUGUUAUGUGCACGUGCCAUAUUUUCACAAAUUCCAUGCGAAGAGAGAUAAUUGUUCCUCAAACGAUUCAAUUGUAGAUUUCAUGUAGAUUAGCAGUUCAUUUUAUUCACAGCUGAGAAGUCUUGUGUCACGACCUUGAAGCAGGAAUGAUAUCUAAACUUCAAUAUUAUUCCCGCACAUAAUUAUCAAAAAACAUUCUCUAUUCAUCUCUCUCUCUAUAUAGAGAUCGAGGUCUCGUGAGGUAAAAUAAAUUACACAAGGUGUAUCCUUGAUAAUUUAAGUUUCUUCAGGGAUGAUAUCGUAGCUUGGCUUGUGUGGAACGUUUUAUGUUAUCAUAAAGAAUUCAUUUUUUAUCUCCCCUAUCUGGAUAGGAAUGAUAUAUAAAUUUUGGACUCAAAAUUUCUCUAUAAUUUUUGCUUAUUUACAAAUCAACUGAUCGUCCAUUUCGAGCCCUGUUAGAGAGAUAAAUCUUCUUAACCAAUGAGCCACCCUGUUGGCCCUCAAUAAAUUUUCAUAAAAAUCGCAUAUAUUAUUAGUUAUUGCUGUUGCAAUAACGAAUAUGAUCGUCGCAAGGUAUGGACGCCGCUAUUUUAUUGCAAUGUUAUAAGGAGAAAUUAUAUCUUCCCGAAUAUUUUCUACGCAAGGUUGCCUUACUGAAAACUACAAAAAAUUAUGUGUUUCCUCUUCAACGAUCAGAGCUAAAGCGGACAACAAAUUUUUUGCAAAUAAUCACACAGUCGUAAAGAGAAAUCCAUUUUUAACUGUGCAAAUGCAUUACCGGAGAAGAGUGAUUGUGGAUGGCUUAGUAGCUAAAAGUUAUCAAGUUUUGCUUUUAAAAGCAACAAUACACCUUUUUCACUUUAUGGAUUCUCGUUGCAGUUGUUCCCAAUCGUAUUUACACAAAAUCUUUUAUUUCGACACCAGUAGCUAAUCAAAAUAGAACUUUAAUUCCCUCUUGCACCCAUCUUAGUACUUACCGCCGCUAAUAAUGAAUAUACGACGCAUGGGUUAUUCGUUUGCUUGGAUUACUCAAAGCAAAGGUGUUAUUAAAGGCGGUGGUACGUGUUAACAGUGGUAGAGAAGGAAGUUAAUAUUGUGGUAAAGGAAACUGUAGAAUCUAAAUCAGUGGUUU